CCCGAUCAUCAAGUGUUUGAUGAAAAUGAAAGGGGUGAUGAAGCAGCGUAUGGAAUCAACUGGGAACGUAGAUUUUUGUGUAUACUAGCGAACAGAUCUUCCAGAACCUUCUUCUUUUUCUCUCUCUCUUUUUCACUUUUCCAUUUUUUCUUUCAUUUCUCCUCUCAAUUCUCUAGUCACCCCCAUACCACGUUUCUGCUCGUUUUUGCAGUCCUCACUUCCGUUCCUCAAGCCUUCCAACAGUGAGUGGCACCACACCUCUGUGCCUCUGUCUGCUGGACCAUUGUUUUCUUCUUUACCAAAUCCGCUAUUGUUUUGACAGAGGAACCAUGAAUUCUAUUCUAGCUUCCUCUUCUUCGUAAAUUUUGGAGAAACUAUUUGGAGCCCUCGACUGUUGGUUCUCUGAUAUGUGUCUGCCCUGUACUGGAAGUGUUUGUGAAACAGUUUUAGCUUGUGGGUUAAGAAAAUGGCGCCUCCGGAAGUUUCCCAAUCCCACAUUGAUUUGGAACAGGGGAAUCAUCGGCGGUCUGUUAGUGGUAGUGAUUUGAGCGCCGAUUGUAGCGUCUAUUUCUCUGACGCCGAUGAGGGUUCGUGUCCCUCUCAGUUUUUGUCGACCAACGGUGGUUCUUAUGAUGAGUUUAGGUUUUCUUUUGUUUCUCAGCCGGGGGUUGGGGUUGCUUCGGAUUCUCGCCGAGUUUCGUCGGUUUCGGCUCAUUCGGUGGAGGUUGAAAAUGAAAAUGGGAUUUCUGAAAUCAAGGUGCAUUUGGCUAAAGUAGAGAGGGAUUGCAGGAUUUGUCAUUUGGGUUUGGAGAGUAAUAGCCAAGAGUCUGGAAUCCCAAUCGAAUUGGGCUGUUCGUGCAAGGAUGAUUUGGCUGUUGCUCACAAGCAUUGUGCUGAAACCUGGUUCAAAAUUAAAGGAAACAAGACAUGUGAGAUUUGCCAUUCCAUUGCACAAAACAUUGUCGAACCAAAUGAGGUUGAGUUAACAGAUCAGUCUAAUGAAUCCAACAACGCCUCCUCAACAACUGCAGUUGCUGCAUCAACUCACCCAUCAGACACCCAAAGCUUCUGGCGUGGGCACCGGUUUCUGAAUUUUUUGCUUGCUUGUAUGGUAUUUGCUUUUGUUGUAUCUUGGCUGUUUCACUUCAAUGUGCCCACGUAGCGAAUCGGGGGACAUCCGAUCAAGGAACUUGCAGAAGUUGUAGCUGCAAAAGACCCUCCCCUCCAGAGAAUUGCCUACAAAGUGUCCACAUGUACCUCUCCCAACAUUCUCCACAAGUUUUUCGCCGCACUAUCAUUCAGUUCCAAGUUACCGAGAAAUGUGGUUCAGCAAGAACAUGGUUGAUGAUUCUGAGUAUUCCACUGGGCAUCAUCUUUCUCUAUUCUUAUUAUGGAUUUUCGAUAUGGUUUCUCUGGAUGGUUUGUUGUUAAAAGUAUUUAGUUAUUGAGCGUUGAUUGUGGCGAGAUGUACAGGAGAAACACAUGAACAAGCUCUGUGCUUUCUCAAGGUCCCAUCUUUACAGUGAAAUGAAGAGGUCAUUGAAAAUGAUAAAAAAAGAGGCCAAUCUUUUAUUUGCUUAAACGAGGAGCAGGCAAUUUCCUUGUGGAUAAAAAACAGGAAGGUGAGCCCUCCUGGAGUCGGGGAAGACGAGGCGUGUAUGGGACCUCUCUCUGUUGUCAAGUGCAAACAAAAAUCUGUCAGGAAAACUCAUGAAAUUGUGGCGUGAAGGGCUGCCCUUUUAUUGGAACACAUCGAUAACUACGAAUCUGUACAAACUAAAGCGGCUUUAUUUGGGACUUUUUGUUAACGCAGUUGUUGUUCAGAAAAAGAGGUGUUUCUUUCCAAUUAAAAUCUUGGGAGGCCUUGAUUUUGAUG